GCGCAGCUGCGGCGCGGGCGCGCGUCCCUUCCGGCUCGCCGUAGCAGGCGCGCCGCCGCUUUUUCCGCCCGCGGCCCCGGACGCGCCGAGUCCCGCGGAGCGGCGCCUCCUCCGCCUCAGCCGCCGGCUCCCGGCCCCCGGCCUCAGCCCGACGCGGCGGGAGCGCGGCCCAGGCCCCGGGAGAACUUUAAGUUGGACAAAAAGGGGGGCGAUAAUGCACCACGGCAGUGGCCCUCCGAGUGUCCAGCACCAGCUGCAGAGGCCCCGGGCCUUCGCCAGCAGCGAAGAGGAGCAGCAGGCCCACCCAAACCCGCCCCCGUCCCCUGCCGCACCCUUCGCGCCCUCGGCCAGCCCGUCUGCACCUCAGUCACCCGGGUACCAGGUCCAGCAGCUCAUGAGCAGGAGCCCCGCGGCCGGGCCGAACGUGAACCUCGCCCUGCAGAAUGUGGGGCCGGUGGUGGCAGGGAACCCCCCGCUCACACUGGCCCCGCUGCCGCUCCCCAGCCCCACCUCCCCGGGCUUCCAGUUCAGUGCCCAGCCAAGGCGCUUUGAGCACGGAUCGCCGUCCUACAUCCAGGUCACCUCGCCACUGUCCCAGCAGGUGCAGACCCAGAGCCCCACCCAGCCCAGCCCCGGGCCGGGGCCGGGCCUGCAGAGUGUUCGGGCGGGCACCCCCGGGCCCGGCCUGGGCCUCUGUGGCAGCAGCCCCACCGGCGGCUUCGUGGACGCCAGUGUUCUGGUGAGGCAGAUCAGCCUGAGCCCGUCCGGGGGCGGGCACUUCGUGUUCCAGGAGGGCCCGGGCCUCGCCCCGGCGGCCCAGGGAGCGCCCGUCUCGCUGCAGCACACGGGGGCUCCCAUCGCAGCUCGGGAACGGAGACUGUCCCAGCCCCACACGCAGCCCGGGGGCACUGUGCACCACCUGGGACCCCAGAGCCCCGCGGCCUCAGGUGCGGCUGGCUUGCCGCCCCUGGCCAGCCCCAGCCACAUCACCACAGCCAGCCUGCCGCCCCAGAUCAGCAGCAUCAUCCAGGGGCAGCUGGUCCAGCAGCAGCAGCAGCAGGGGCUGCAGGGGCCGCCGCUGACCCGACCUCUGCUGCCCGGGGUCGGGGGGGCGGCAGCGUUCGGGAUGACGUCCCCUCCGCCCCCCAGCAGCCCUUCCAGGACCGUGGUGCCCCCUGGCCUCUCCAGCCUGCCGCUCUCAUGCACGGGGAGCAGGAAGGCGCCCAAGAAGCUGGAGGAGAUCCCCCCGGCCUCCCCGGAGCUGGCCCAGAUGCGGAAGCAGUGCCUGGACUCUCACCACCGGGAGAUGGAGGUGCUGCGGGAGGCCUUCAAGGAGUACCUGAUCGAGCUCUUCUUCCUGCAACACCUGCAGGGGAACAUGAUGGAUUUCCUGGCUUUCAAGAAGAAGCACUACGCCCCUUUACAAGCUUAUCUUAGGCAGAAUGAUCUGGACCUGGAGGAGGAAGAGGAGGAGGAGGAGGAAGAGGAAGAAAAGUCUGAGGUUAUCAAUGAUGAGGUAAAGGUUGUGACAGGAAAGGAUGGGCAGACUGGUACUCCCGUUGCUAUAGCAACCCAGCUUCCGCCAAAUGUUUCUGCUGCUUUUUCAUCCCAGCAGCAACCAUUUCAGCAGCAAGCCCUCGCAGGGACCCUGGUGGCAGGGGCUGGAAGUGCAGCAGAAACGGACCCCUUUAAGAGGCAGCCGGCAGGGCCCCCAGCAGAGCAGUCUAAGCGACCUCGACUUGAAGUGGGUCACCAAGGGGUAGUUUUCCAGCACCCAGGGGUGAAUGCAGGAGUCCCUCUCCAGCAGUUAAUGCCGACAGCUCAAGGAGGGAUGCCUCCCGCCCCCCAGGCUGCCCAGCUGGCCGGACAGAAGCAGAGCCAGCAGCAGUACGACCCGUCCACCGGGCCUCCGGUGCAGAACGCCGCCAGCCUGCACACGCCGCCACCGCCGCUGCCUGGCAGGCUGCCCCCGGCUGGCCUCCCAGCCGUGCCCCUGCCGCCCGCACUGCAGUUCCCGCCGCAGCCACCCAUGGGGGAGCCACCGACACAGCUGCACGUCCCUGCGAAGGCCCAGCAGCCCAGCGCCCCCCUGCCGACACCCCCCGCCGGCCAGCUGCCUGUGCUUUCGCAGCCCGCACAGCCGGCCCUGCUCAGCCCGGGGCCCGGGAAGGUGCAGAUGCAGGCCCCUCUGCCGCCGUCCCAGCCGCAGACGGUGACGUCCGCGAGACCACCCGCAGACCCCGUGCAGCCCUGCAGCCGGCCCCCGCCCACCUCCUGCACCUCGUCCGUCGCUCCUGGCAGCGUCUCGGGCCCAGGACCCGCACCCGCACGGGCCUCGCCCGUGAGCAGACCCUCCUCCACAGCCAACAAGUCGCUGUCCCCAGUGACCUCCCGGUCCCCAGGGGCAGCCGUGUCGGCCCCCUCCAAGCCACAGAGCCCGGCUCAGAGUGCGGCCGCGCCCCAGGACGGCUCCCAGGACAAGCUGGCGGAGCAGAUGGCACUGGAAAACCAGGUCCACCAGCGGACGGCCGAGCUGAGGAAGGAAGGCCUGUGGUCCCUGAGGCGGCUGCCGAAGCUGCAGGAGGCCCCGCGCCCCCGCGCACACUGGGACUACCUGCUGGAGGAGAUGCAGUGGAUGGCCACCGACUUCGCCCAGGAGCGGCGGUGGAAGGUGGCUGCGGCCAAGAAGCUCGUCAGGACGGUGGCACGUCACCACGAAGAAAAGAAGCUCCGCGAAGAGAGGGGGAAGCGGGAGGAGCAGAACCGAUUGCGGCGGAUCGCUGCCUCAACUGCCAGAGAAAUAGAGUAUUUCUGGUCGAAUAUUGAGCAGGUCGUGGAAAUAAAACUACAAGUGGAAUUAGAAGAGAAAAGAAAGAAGGCCUUACAUUUACAGAAAGCUUCCAGGAAAGGGAAGGACCCGAGGCCCAAGGGACCGGAUGCGCUGCCGGAAAGUGCUCUGGGCUCGGGAGCACCCGGAAGGAAGCGGAAAGCCAGCGUGUCCCUCACUGACGACGAAGUGGAGGAUGAGGAGGAGACCAUUGAGGAGGAGGAGGCGAACGAAGGGGCUGUGGACCACCAGACGGAGCUGUCUACUCUGGCCAAGGAAGCCGAGCUGCCCCUCAUUGACCUGGUGAAGCUGUAUGAAGGCGCCUUCCUGCCGGGCUUCCAGUGGCCCCAACCCCAGGCUGACGUUGAGGAGACGAGUGAGGAAGAAGACGUGGAGGACAGCCCGGCUGACCAGGAGGGCCGGAGGGACGUGGUUCUCAUCGACUCGCUGUUCAUCAUGGACCAGUUCAAGGCUGCAGAGAGGAUGGGCGUCGGGAAACCUCACACGAAGGACAUCGCGGAAGUGACCGCUGCCGCCGAGGCCAUCCUGCCCAAGGGCAGCGCGCGCAUCAGCACCACGGUGAAGCCGGGCGUCCCGCCCCUGCUGUACGGCACCCUCAGGGACUACCAGAAGAUCGGCCUGGACUGGCUGGCCAAGCUCUACCGGAAGAGUCUCAACGGCAUCCUGGCGGACGAGGCCGGGCUGGGGAAGACCGUGCAGGUCAUCGCGUUCUUCGCCCACCUCGCUUGUAACGAAGGCAACUGGGGCCCUCACCUUGUCGUCGUGAGAAGCUGCAACGUCCUCAAGUGGGAGCUCGAGCUGAAGCGCUGGUGUCCCGGACUCAAAGCCCUGCUGUACGUGGGCAGCCGCAGGGAGCUCAGGGCCAAGAGACAGGGGUGGACGGAGCCCAACAGCUUCCACGUCUGCAUCACGUCCUACAAGCAGUUCUUCCGGGGCCACGCGGCCUUCUCGCGGGUGCGGUGGCGGUGCCUGGUCAUCGACGAGAUGCAGCGCGUGAAGGGCCUGAGCGAGCGGCACUGGGAAGCCGUGUUCACCCUGCAGAGCCAGCAGCGCCUGCUCCUGGUCGACGCGCCGCUGCACAACACCUUCCUGGAGCUGUGGACCGUGGUGCACUUCCUGGUCCCCGGGCUCUCCAGACCCUACCUGCACCCCCCGCUGAAGGCCCCGAGCGAGGAGAGCCAGGACUACUACCACAAAGUGGUCAUCCGCCUGCACAGGGUGACGCAGCCAUUCAUCCUGCGGAGGACCAAGAGGGACGUGGAGAAGCAGCUGACGAAGAAGUACGAGCACGUGCUGAAGUGCCGCCUCUCCGGCCGGCAGAAGGCCCUGUACGAGGACGUCGUCCUGCAGCCCGGGACCCAGGAGGCGCUGAAGGGCGGGCGCUUCGUGGACGUGCUGAGCAUCCUGCUGCGGCUGCAGCGCAUCUGCAACCACCCCGGGCUGGUGGAGCCCCGGCCCCCGCAGUCCUCGUUUGCCGCCGGGCCGCUGCAGCUCCGCUCCGCCUCCCUCGUCCUGAAGGCCCUCGACAGGGACGCCUGGAAGGAGACCGACCUCUCGAUCUUCGACCUCGUGGGCCUCGAGGACAAGAUGACCCGCCACGAGGCCGAGUGGCUGCGCAAGAAGAAGGUGACGCGGAAGCUCAUCGAGGAGCUCUUCACCGCGCCGCCCCCGCCGGGCAGGCCGCCGGCCGUCAGGCUGAGGCCCAGCAGGUUGUUUCAGCCUGUGCCGUAUGGCCAGAAGCCGGAGGGCCGCAUGGUGGCCUUCCCCAGCACACACCCGCCCCGGACAGCCACCUCCGCUGCGGCCACCGCCACGCCACAGGGCCACGUCCGAGGACGGCCACCGGUCGCCACAUUCUCUGCGAACCCAGACUCCAAAGCGGCCGCAGCCCCGUUGCAGACCUCUCAGGCUCCCACCGGCGCUCCGAGACCCCAGGCCGCCCCGACCUGCAGCGCAGCUCCUGGCCCGGCCCAUCCUGUGAAACUGCGGGCUCAGACCGCUGCCCAGGCGUCCGCCCUGGGCCCGCCCCAGCCCCAGCCCCAGGCCCCCUCGCACCCGGCCGGGCAGAGCACGCUGCCCCAGGGGCUACUGCUCACCUCGCAGGCCCAGGCGCGCCUGCCCAGUGGCGAGGUGGUCAAAAUAGCGCAGCUGGCUUCGCUCGCAGGACCACCGAGUCGAGUUGCCCAGCCGGAGACCCCAGUGACGCUGCAGUUCCAGGGAAACAAGUUCACCCUGUCACACAGCCAGCUGCGGCAGCUCACGGCCGGCCAGCCCCUGCAGCUGCAAGGCAGCGUCCUCCAGAUCGUGUCCGCGCCCGGGCAGCCCUACCUGCGCCCUCCAGGCCCUGUGGUGAUGCAGACCGUUCCCCAGGCAGGCGCCCUGAGUGCCCUGGGCAGCAAGCCCCCAGCCGGGGGCCCGGGCCCUGCCCCCGUGACCCCGCCAGUCGGCGUGCCCGGCCGAGUGGCAGUGCACCCCCUGACCGCGGGAGAACCCGGGAUGGCCUCCAAACCAGCCUCGCCCCUCGGGGGGCCGACCCAGGAGGAGAAGGCCCGGCUGCUGAGGGAGCGGCUGGACCAGAUCUACGCCGUCAACGAGCGGCGCUGCUUCCGGGCGCCUGUCUACGGCGCGGACCUGCUGGGGGCCUGCUCCCUGGCCUGCAGAGAGCGGGCCCCGGGGCCCAGGGCACCGGCGAACAGGCGCGGGGCGGCGGCCGGGCCCGCGAGCGGCUGCGCGUCCCCCUCGGAAGGCCAGAAGCACCUGACUCUGACGCUGACGCAGCGCCGAGAGUCCCUCCAGGACGUCAUCGACAGGGUGGCGUGCGUGAUCCCGCCGGUGGUGGCCGCUCCCCCGUCCCUGUGGGUGGCUCGGCCUCCCUCCCUCUACAGCCACAGAAUGCGGAUCCUCAGGCACCGUCUGCGGGAGCAGGCGGCGCCCUGCGCCCAGCAGCUGCAGCAGGCGACAGCGCUGCGCUCGCUGCGGUUCCCCGAGCUGAGGCUGGUGCAGUGUGACUCAGGCAAGCUGGAGGCCCUCGCGGUCCUGCUGCGGAGGCUGAAGUCGGAGGGGCGUCGCGUGCUGAUCCUGUCCCAGAUGGUGCUCAUGCUGGACAUCUUGGAGAUGUUCUUGAACUUCCACUACCUCACCUACGUGCGGAUCGACGAGAACGCCAACAGCGAGCAGCGCCAGGAGCUGAUGCGGAGCUUCAACCGGGGCCGGCGGGUGUUCUGCGCCCUGCUGUCCACGCGCAGCCGCGCCCCCGGCGUGGGCCUGGUGGAGGCCGACGCGGUGGUGUUCUACGACCACGACCUGAACCCCGUGCUGGACGCCCGGGCCCAGCAGUGGUGCGACAGGAUCGGGAGGCGCAAGGACGUGCACGUGUACAGGCUCGUGAGCGGCAACUCCAUCGAAGAGAAGCUGCUGAAGAACGGGACCAAGGACCUGAUCCGGGAGGUGGCUGCGCAGGGGAACGACUACUCCAUGGCCUUCCUGACGCAGCGCACCAUCCAGGAGCUGUUCGAGGUGUGCGCCCCCGUGGACGACGCCGGCUUCCCGGUGAAAGCCGAAGAGUUCGUCGUCCUCUCCCAGGAGCCGUCCGUGUUGGAGACCAUCGCCCCCAAAAUCGCUCGGCCCUUCAUAGAGGCCCUGAGGAGCAUCGAGAGCCUGGAGGGGGACGCGCAGGAGCCUGCAGGGGAGACGCCCGCCUCGCCGGGCCCCGGCAGCCCCCGGGGCCCGGAGCCCUCGCAGCUGGAGGAGCUGGCGGACUUCAUGCAGCAGCUUACCCCAAUUGAAAAGUACGCUUUGAACUACCUGGAACUAUUCCAUACUGCCAUUGACCACGGAAAGGAGAGGACCAGUGAGGACGCCGUGCUGACCGCAGUGAGCGCCUGGGAGGCCCAGAACCUGCGGGCGCUGCGGGAGCAGGAGGCCAGGGCUCUGCGGGAGCUGGAGCAGGAGCAGCUGCUCACCUACACCCGGGAGGACGCCUACAACGCGGAGUAUGUUUACGAGGGUGCCGACGGGCAGACGGAAGUCAUGCCGCUCUGGACCCCGCCCACGCCGCCCCAGGACGACAACGACAUCUACAUCGACUCCGUCAUGUGUCUCAUGUACGAGACCACGCCCAUCCCCGAGGCCAAGCUGCCCCCCGUGUACGUGAGGAAGGAGCGCCGGCGGCACAGGACGGACCCCUCAGCCGCAGGCAGGAAGAAGAAGCAGCGCCACGGGGAGGCCGUCGUGCCCCCGCGGUCCCUGUUCGACCGCGCCACCCCGGGCCUGCUGAAGAUGCGCCGGGAGGGGAAGGAGCAGAAGAAGAACCUCCUGCUGAAGCAGCAGACGCAGUUCGCCAAGCCUCUGCCCACCUUUGCCAAACCGGCCACCGAGUCGGGGCCCGACAACCCCGAGUGGCUCAUCAGCGAGGAUUGGGCGCUGCUGCAGGCCGUGAAGCAGCUGCUGGAGCUGCCCCUGAACCUGGCGGUCGUGUCCCCGGCCCACACGCCCAACUGGGACCUGGUCAGCGACGUCGUCAACUCCUGCAGCCGCAUCUACCGCUCCUCCAAGCAGUGCCGCAGCCGCUACGAGAGCGUGCUCAUCCCCCGGGAGGAGGGGAAGAGCAAGAGCCACCGCCCCCUGCGCACGGGGCAGGCCUUCGCCCAGGACGAGAACGCCUCGCACACCCAGCUCUACACCAGCCGCUUCGACCUGAUGAAGAUGACCGCUGGGAAGAGGAGCCCGCCCAUCAGACCCCUGCUCGGCAUGAAUCCCUUCCAGAAGAACCCCAAGCACGCCUCCGUGCUGGCGGAGAGCGGGAUCAACUACGACAAGCCCCUGCCGCCGAUCCAGGUCGCGUCUCUCCGUGCAGAGCGCAUCGCCAAAGAGAAGAAGGCGCUGGCCGACCAGCAGAAGGCACAGCAGCCGCCCGUGGCGCAGCCCCCGCCGCCCCCACCGCAGCCACAGCCACCACCGCCCCAGCAGCCGCCGCCGCCCCUGCCCCAGCCCCCUGCAGCAGGCGGCCAGCAGCCCUCGGGGCCUCCCGCCGUGCAGCCGCCUGCCCAGGUGCAGCCCCCGGCACAGCCCGCGCAGCCCCCACCGAAGGCGUCGCCCGCAAUCACGACCGUGGGCAGCGCCGCCGUCCUGGCGGGAGCCAUUAAAACGUCCGUCACCGGGACCAGCAUGCCGGCAGGCACGGUGAGCGGCAACGUGAUCGUGAACACCAUCGCUGGCGUCCCCGCCGCCACCUUCCAGUCCAUCAACAAGCGCCUUGCCUCGCCCGUGGCGCCGGGAGCCUUGACGACCUCCGGGGGCUCGGCACCUGCCCAAGUGGUGCACACGCAGCCUCGAGCGGUGGGCUCCCCGGCCACUUCUGACCUGGUGUCCCUGGCGCCGACGCAGGGCGUCAGGGCGGUCACCUCUGUGACGGCCUCGGCCGUGGUCACGACCAGCCUGACUGCGGUGCAGACGCCGACCCGGUCUCUGGUGACCCAGGUGUCCCAAGCCACAGGGGUGCAGCUCCCAGGGAAGACGCUCACGCCCGCGCACUUCCAGCUCCUCCGGCAGCAGCAGCCGCCCCCGCCGCCGCCGCCCUCCCAGGCCCAGGUCCCGCAGCUGCAGGGCCAGGCCCAGUCGCCCGCACAGAUCAAAGCCGUCAGCAAGCUGACGCCGGAGCACCUGAUCAAGAUGCAGAAGCAGAAAUUGCAGCUGCCCCCGCAGGCCCCCCCGCCACAGGCCCCGCCGGGCCCCCCGCCGCCCCCCGCGCAGGUGCAGCCCUCGCCGCCCGCGCAGCAGCAGAGCCCCCAGCUCACCGCCGUCACGGCCUCCAGGCCCGGAGCCCUGCUCACGGGCACCACUGUGGCCAACCUGCAGGUGGCCCGGCUCACGCGCGUCCCCACGUCGCAGCUGCAGACCCAAGGCCAGAUGCAGGCCCAGGCGCCCCCGCCGGCGCAGGUGGCCCUGGCGAAGCCUCCGGUGGUAUCCGUGCCCGCGGCCGUGGUCUCCUCGCCAGGCGUCACGACCUUGCCCAUGAACGUCGCCGGGAUCAGCGUGGCCAUCGGACAGCCGCAGAAGGCCGCAGGACAGACCGUCGUGGCCCAGCCCGUGCACGUGCAGCAGCUGCUGAAGCUGAAGCAGCAGGCCGCGCAGCAGCAGAAGGCCAUCCAGCCGCAGGCCGCCCCGGGCCCGGCGGCCGUCCAGCAGAAGAUCGCCGCGCAGCAGAUCGCCGCGCAGGGCCCGCCCCAGAAGGUCGCCUAUGCCGCCCAGCCCGCCCUUAAAACCCAGUUCCUCACCACCCCCAUCUCCCAGGCUCAGAAACUGGCAGGGACUCAGCAGGUGCAGACGCAGAUCCAGGUGGCAAAACUCCCCUCGGUUGUGCAGCAGCAGACACCGGUGGCUGGCAUCCCGCAGGUCGCCUCUGCGUCCCAGCAGGCGUCCCCCCAGACGGUGACCCUCACCCAGGCGACGGCCGCUGGGCAGCAGGUGCAGAUGAUCCCCGCGGUGACGGCGACCGCACAGGUGGUGCAGCAGAAGCUCAUGCAGCAGCAGGUGGUGACGACGGCGGCAGCCCAGCUGCAGGCCCCUGGGGUCCCCAACCCCACCCAGGUGCCAGCCGGCGCCGACAGCCCAAACCAGCAGCCCAAACUACAAAUGAGGGUCCCUGCCGUCCGGUUAAAGACGCCCACCAAGCCCCCAUGCCCGUAGCCGGGGAAGCAGGCGGCCGCGGGGCGGGCAAGCACUCCGCCGCCUGGCCGGAGCCCACAGGCUGCGCUGACCACUGGACCUCGGGACAGCGCCGCGAGCGGUUCCGCGCCUGCAGGGCUGCGGCGAGCUGGCGGGGCCCUCGCUGCCCACGGUGGCCCUCGAGGACCGCCGCCUCUUCUGCGGGAGACUGGCUGGAGGGGCAGCGGCAGCGGUCUGUCCUCGGUCGCUGCCCUCUGGCCGCUGCCCCAGAGCAGCAGGGCUGGGCGCGAGCACCUCCGGAGGCUGCCAGUGCCCGGGGUCCGCGCGUCACCAAGCCGUGUGGAGCUCGGAGUGAGCCGUCAAGGGACGUCCUGAAGUCGAAGUGCAGUGCUGAGAGCGUCCACCUCUGCGUGGUUCUCGGUGCCCAGCUGGACACGCGCUGGGGCCCCGCGGGGAGAGAGGCCCCUGGGGUCAGUCAUCUCGGGCGAGAGCCAGCGCGGCUCCUUCCUGCUCUCGGAAACGGCCUGUCGCGGCGGGGAGGGGGCCACCCGGCGCC